AUGCCAAUAUCACGUUAUUCGGGACAGUUCUUUCGGGCUGGGGACGAAGAAGUAUCACCAAAAAAAGCAUUGACCUCAACACCCCGUUCACAAUCAGUUCCAACUAUCACAGAGUCUACUGAGAAUACAUCAUCCACAGCUUCGAUAUGGAUGAGUACUAUAAUCGAGUACUCGGAAAAUACAAAUAAAAAACCCGUAUCCACAACACAGACAAUAAUACCUUCAUCAAUACCACUUCCUAGCACUCCUUCAUUCAUACCAUCGAUAAACAUAACUUCAGAAAAAUCCUUUGCGCUACCAUUCAUUGGUAGCGGACCACCAGGAAGUGGCCAAACAGAAGAAACAAAACCAGUCUCAACGAACGAUUUAGCUAAUUUACUCAGUACUUCUGAAAAAACACGCACGGAAACGGAUGCAUCAAUAGAGUCACUCGCAUCUCUUAAAAGUUCAGCGGUUCCAUUCAAUACGAUCGAACCACCAGAAGGUGACCAAACAGAAGUAUCACCCCCAGUCUCAGUCGACUCGACAGAAAGAGGAACUCUCACGUCCGAUUUAGUUCAUAAACUCAGUACUCCUGAAGGAAAACGUACGGAUCCCGAUGCUUCAGUAGAGUCACUCGCAUCUCUUAAAAGUUCAGCGCUUCCAUUCGCCACGACCGAACCACCAGAAGGUGGCCAAACAGAAGUAUCACCACCAGUCUUAGUCGACUCGACAGAAAGAGGAACUCUCAGGUCCGAUUUAGUUCAUAAACUCAGUACUCCUGAAGAAAAUCUUACGGAACUGGAGUCCUCAGUAGAGUCUUUCGCUUCUCUUAAAAGUUCAGUACUACCAUAUACUACGACGGAGCCACCAGAAGGUGGUCAACUAGAGGGACCACCAACAGUCUCAGCGGACUCGACAGAAAAAGGACUUCUUACGUCCGAUACAAUUCAAUUACUCACCACUUCUGAAAAGAAACAUACGGAGCCGGAUGCUUCAGUAGAGUCACUCCCAUCUCUUAAAAGUUCAGCGCUUCCAUUCACCACGAUCGAACCACCAGAAGGUGGCCAAACAGAAGUAUCACCCCCAGUCUCAGCCGACUCGACAGAAAGAGGAAUUCUCACGUCCGAUUUAAUUCAUACACUCAGUACUCCUGAAGAAAAACGUACGGAACCGGAUGCUUCAGUAGAGUCACUCGCAUCUCUUAAAAGUUCAGCGCUUCCAUUCAAUACGAUCGAACCACCAGAAGGUGGCCAAACAGAAGUAUCACCCCCAGUCUUAGUCGACUCGACAGAAAGAGGAAUUCUCACGUCCGAUUUAAUUCAUACACUCAGUACUCCUGAAGAAAAACGUACGGAACCGGAUGAUUCAGUAGAGUCACUCGCAUCUCUUAAAAGUUCAGCGCUUCCAUUCAAUACGAUCGAACCAUCAGAAGGUGGCCAAACAGAAGAAUCACCACCAGUCUUAGUCGACUCGACAGAAAGAGGAACUCUCACGUCCGAUUUAGUUCAUAAACUCAGUACUCCUGAAGAAAAUCUUACGGAACUGGAGUCCUCAGUAGAGUCUUUCGCUUCUCUUAAAAGUUCAGUACUACCAUAUACUACGACGGAGCCACCAGAAGGUGGUCAACUAGAGGGACCACCAACAGUCUCAGCGGACUCGACAGAAAAAGGACUUCUUACGUCCGAUACAAUUCAAUUACUCACCACUUCUGAAAAGAAACAUACGGAGCCGGAUGCUUCAGUAGAGUCACUCACAUCUCUUAAAAGUUCAGCGCUUCCAUUCACCUUGAUCGAACCACCAGAAGGUGGCCAAACAGAAGUAUCACCCCCAGUCUCAGUCGACUCGAUAGAAAGAGGAACUCUCACGUCCGAUUUAGUUCAUAAACUCAGUACUCCUGAAGAAAAUCUUACGGAACUGGAGUCCCCAGUAGAGUCUUUCGCUUCUCUUAAAAGUUCAGUACUACCAUAUACUACGACGGAGCCACCAGAAGGUGGUCAACUAGAGGGACCACCAACAGUCUCAGCGGACUCUACAGAAAAAGGACUUCUUACGUCCGAUACAAUUCAAUUACUCACCACUUCUGAAGAGAAACAUACGGAGCCAGAUGCUUCAGUAGAGUCACUCGCAUCUCUUAAAAGUUCAGCGCUUCCAUUCGCCACGACCGAACCACCAGAAGGUGGCCAAACAGAAGUAACACUACCAGUCUCAGCCGACUCGACAGAAAGCGGAAUUCUCGCGUCCGAUUUAAUUCAUACACUCAGUACUCCUGAAGAAAAACGUACGGAACCGGAUGCUUCAGUAGAGUCACUCGCAUCUCUUAAAAGUUCAGCGCUUCCAUUCAAUACGAUCGAACAACCAGAAGGUGGCCAAACAGAAGUAUCACCCCCAGUCUCAGUCGACUCGACAGAAAGAGGAACUCUCACGUCCGAUUUAGUUCAUAAACUCAGUACUCCUGAAGAAAAUCUUACGGAACUGGAGUCCCCAGUAGAGUCUUUCGCUUCUCUUAAAAGUUCAGUACUACCAUAUACUACGACGGAGCCACCAGAAGGUGGUCAACUAGAGGGACCACCAACAGUCUCAGCGGACUCGACAGAAAAAGGACUUCUUACGUCCGAUAUAAUUCAAUUACUCACCACUUCUGAAGAGGAACAUACGGAGCCGGAUGCUUCAGUAGAGUCACUCCCAUCUCUUAAAAGUUCAGCGCUUCCAUUCAAUACGAUCGAACCACCAGAAGGUGGCCAAACAGAAGUAUCACCCCCAGUCUCAGUCGACUCGACAGAAAGAGGAACUCUCACGUCCGAUUUAGUUCAUAAACUCAGUACUCCUGAAGAAAAUCUUACGGAACUGGAGUCCUCAGUAGAGUCUUUCGCUUCUCUUAAAAGUUCAGUAAUACCAUAUACUACGACGGAGGCACCAGAAGGUGGUCAACUAGAGGGACCACCAACAGUCGCAGCGGACUCGACAGAAAAAGGACUUCUUACGUCCGAUAUAAUUCAAUUACUCACCACUUCUGAAGAGAAACAUACGGAGUCGGAUGUUUCAGCAGAGUCACUCCCAUCUCUUAAAAGUUCAGCGCUUCCAUUCACCACGAUCGAACCACCAGAAGGUGGCCAAACAGAAGUAUCACCCCCAGUCUCAGCCGACUCGACAGAAAGCGGAAUUCUCACGUCCGAUUUAAUUCAUACACUCAGUACUCCUGAAGAUAAACGUACGGAACCGGAUGCUUCAGUAGAGUCACUCGCAUCUCUUAAAAGUUCAGCGCUUCCAUUCAAUACGAUCGAACCACCAGAAGGUGGCCAAACAGAAGUAUCACCCCCAGUCUCAGUCGACUCGACAGAAAGAGGAACUCUCACGUCCGAUUUAGUUCAUAAACUCAGUACUCCUGAAGAAAAUCUUACGGAACUGGAGUCCUCAGUAGCGUCUUUCGCUUCUCUUAAAAGUUCAGUACUACCAUAUACUACGACGGAGCCACCAGAAGGUGGUCAACUAGAGGGACCACCAACAGUCUUAGCGGACUCGACAGAAAAAGGACUUCUUACGUCCGAUAUAAUUCAAUUACUCACCACUUCUGAAGAGAAACAUACGGAGUCGGAUUUUUCAGCAGAGUCACUCCCAUCUCUUAAAAGUUCAGCGCUUCCAUUCACCACGAUCGAACCACCAGAAGGUGGCCAAACAGAAGUAUCACCCCCAGUCUCAGCCGACUCGACAGAAAGAGGAAUUCUCACGUCCGAUUUAAUUCAUACACUCAGUACUCCUGAAGAAAAACGUACGGAAACGGAUGCUUCAGUAGAGUCACUCGCAUCUCUUAAAAGUUCAGCGCUUCCAUUCAAUACGAUCGAACCACCAGAAGGUGGCCAAACAGAAGUAACACCACCAGUCUCAGUCCACUCGACAGAAAGAGGAAUUCUCACGUCCGAUUUAAUUCAUACACUCAGUACUCUUAAAGAAAAGCGUACGGAACCGGAUGCUUCAGUAGACUCUCCCCCAUCUCCUACAAUUUUAGCGCUGCCACUCACCACGACCGAACCACCAGACGGUGGCCAAUCAGAAGUAUCUCUACCAGUCUCAGUCGACUCGACAGAAAGAGGAAUUCUCACGUCCGAUUUAAUUCAUACACUCAGUACUCCUGAAGAAAAACGUACGGAACCGGAUACUUCAGUAGAGUCACUCGCAUCUGUUAAAAGUUCAGCGCUUCCAUUCACCACGAUCGAACCAUCAGAAGGUGUCCAAACAGAAGUAUCACCACCACUCUCAGGCCACUCGACAGAAAGAGCAAUUCUUACGUCCGGUUUAGUUCAUACACUCAGUACUUCUGAAAAAACACGCACGGAACCGGAUGCUUCAGUAGAGUCACUCGCAACUCCUACAAGUUCAGCGCUUCCAUUCACCACGACCGAACCAGCAGAAGGUGGCCAGACAGAAGUAACACCACCAGUCUCAGUCCACUCGACAGAAAGAGGAAUUCUCACGUCCGAUUUAAUUCAUACACUCAGUACUCCUGAAGAAAAACGUACGGAACCGGAUACUUCAGUAGAGUCACUCGCAUCUGUUAAAAGUUCAGCGCUUCCAUUCACCACGAUCGAACCACCAGACGGUGGCCAAUCAGAAGUAUCACCACCAGUCUCAGUCGACUCGACAGAAAGAGGAAUUCUUACAUCCGAUUUAAUUGAAACCCUCAGUACUCCUGAACAAAAACGUACGGAACCGGAUGCUUCAAUAGAGUCACUCGCAACUCUUAAAAGUUCAGCACUUCCAUUCACCACGACCGAACCACCAGAAGGUGGCCAAACAGAAGUAACACCACCAGUCUCAGUCCACUCGACAGAAAGAGGAAUUCUUACAUCCGAUUUAUUUGAUACACUCAGUACUCCUGAAGAAAAACGUACGGAACCGGAUGCUUCAGUAGAGUCACUCGCAUCUCUUAAAAGUUCAGCGCUUCCAUUCGCCACGACCGAACCACCAGAAGGUGGCCAAUCAGAAGUAUCACCACCAGUCUCAGUCGACUCGACAGAAAGAGGAAUUCUUACAUCCGAUUUAAUUGAAACACGUAGUACUCCUGAACAAAAACGUACGGAACCGGAUGCUUCAAUAGAGUCACUCGCAACUCUUAAAAGUUCAGCGCUUCCAUUCACCACGAUCGAACCACCAGACGGUGGCCAAUCAGAAGUAUCACCACCAGUCUCAGUCCACUCGACAGAAAGAGGAAUUCUUACAUCCGAUUUAUUUGAUACACUCAGUACUCCUGAAGAAAAACGUACGGAACCGGAUGCUUCAGUAGAGUCACUCGCAUCUCUUAAAAGUUCAGCGCUUCCAUUCGCCACGACCGUACCACCAGAAGGUGGCCAAUCAGAAGUAUCACCACCAGUCUCAGUCGACUCGACAGAAAGAGGAAUUCUUACAUCCGAUUUAAUUAAUACACUCAGUACUCCUGAAGAAAAACGUACGGAACCGGAUGCUUCAGUAGAGUCACUCGCAUCUCUUAAAAGUACAGCGCUUCCAUUCGCCACGACCGAACCACCAGAAGGUGGCCAAUCAGAAGUAUCACCACCAGUCUCAGUCGACUCGACAGAAAGGGGAAUUCUUACAUCCGAUUUAAUUAAUACACUCAGUACUCCUGAAGAAAAACGUACGGAACCGGAUGUUUCAGUAGACUCUCCCCCAUCUCCUACAAUUUUAGCGCUGCCAUUCACCACGACCGAACCACCAGACGGUGGCCAAUCAGAAGUAUCACCACCAGUCUCAGUCGACUCGACAGAAAGAGGAAUUCUCACGUCCGAUUUAAUUCAUAAACUCAGUACUCUUGAAGAAAAGCGUACGGAACCGGAUGCUUCAGUAGAGUCACUCGCAUCUCUUAAAAGUUCAGCGCUUCCAUUCACCACGACCGAACCACCAGAAGGUGGCCAAUCAGAAGUAUCACCACCAGUCUCAGUCGACUCGACAGAAAGUGGAAUUCUUACAUCCGAUUUAUUUGAUACACUCAGUACUCCUGAAGAAAAACGUACGGAACCGGAUGCUUCAGUAGAGUCACUCGCAUCUCUUAAAAGUUCAGCGCUUCCAUUCGCCACGACCGUACCACCAGAAGGUGGCCAAUCAGAAGUAUCACCACCAGUCUCAGUCGACUCGACAGAAAGAGGAAUUCUUACAUCCGAUUUAAUUAAUACACUCAGUACUCCUGAAGAAAAACGUACGGAACCGGAUGCUUCAGUAGAGUCACUCGCAUCUCUUAAAAGUUCAGCGCUUCCAUUCGCCACGACCGAACCACCAGAAGGUGGCCAAUCAGAAGUAUCACCACCAGUCUCAGUCGACUCGACAGAAAGAGGAAUUCUUACAUCCGAUUUCAUUGAUAUACUCAGUACUCCUGAAGAAAAACGUACGGAACCGGAUGCUUCAGUAGAGUCACUCGCAUCUCUUAAAAGUUCAGCGCUUCCAUUCGCCACGACCGAACCACCAGAAGGUGGCCAAUCAGAAGUAUCACCACCAGUCUCAGUCGACUCGACAGAAAGAGGAAUUCUUACAUCCGAUUUCAUUGAUAUACUCAGUACUCCUGAAGAAAAACGUACGGAACCGGAUGCUUCAAAGUUGGCCAAACAGGGAUAUCACAUCUCGUAUCAGUGGACUCGACAGAAGUAG